GUUUGAAAAUCCAAGUCUCACGAAUAUCCAAAUUCCAGACUCCGAGCCCGAGUUUACACGUAACGAACUUUGGCGGGCGACUGUUUAACUCUCUCUCUCUUAUAAUCUUCUUCCUUCUGGUAGAAGGUUACGAAAUCUUAGAUAUACAUAAGUUUUUAGAUCCCACAGAUAUUUACAACAAUUCUAUCGAUCGAAGAAACCCUAGAAUUUAAAUAUGCAACAAAGCGAUAUGAGUUCUUCAUAUUACCAAUACUACCAAUCUCACCUUCAAAACCCUAAUCCUAGCUCGAGCAAUAACGAUCCUCAUCUCAAUUCCUUGCCUGCUACAUUCGCAUCUGCUCCUCCGAUGUCAUCCAACCAAUCUCCCUCUGAUUACUCAGCUUAUUCUUCUACAUUCCUUCCAAAUCCCCAAAUUCCCGAUCAUGGCCUUCAUUCGACUCCGGUAGCUUCUACAUACACCCCAAACCCUAAUUCUCAAUCAUCUGAUUUCUCUCAGCCCUAUUCUUUUCCUCAUCUCGUGUCUCAGCCUCAACCAACGCCGUAUUACCCGUAUGAUCAGAAUCAAACGGCUCCGACGUAUGAUCAGCCUAACCCUAAUUUCAAUUCCAAUCCCAAUUCGUCAUUCUCAGCGAAUUCAUAUUCAUCGACUUCCUAUGGUCACCCCGGGGAUUCAACUGUGUCUAAUUAUGAAAACCCAUAUGGUUCCAAUCCCAAUUCGUCACUACCAGAAGCUCCAUAUUCAUCAGCUUCCUAUGGUCAACCCGGGGCUUCCACUGUGCCUAAUUAUGAAAGUCCGUAUGCCAAAGAUGUGAAUUACGGUGGAUAUGGAGCUCAAGGCAUGUAUGGGAAAAUCGCUGAGCCGAGGCUGGAGCAGUAUGAUCAUGGAGGAUAUCGGGAUGAUGCGAUUGGAGGCGGUGUUUAUCAGUAUAAUGCGGGCAAAACAGAGCCCUAUGGUGCUCGUGGCACUGCCCCCAAGUCGUCUAGUGGGUUGGUAUUCGAUGAUUAUGGGAGGCCAAUAGGGUUUUCAGAUGGGAAGAAGCAAAAUGAAUCGAGACCGUCGAGUAAAAUUGUGAAAGCUAUUCCAAAGGCUGACACAGAGCAGGACGGGAAGAGCACCGUCCAGAAGUUCCGUGUCAAGCUCUUGUCCGAAGGCGCGGGUCAGAGCGACUCGGAUGUUCUUUGCCAGAUUGGUUUGGAUGGGAUUCGGAUGCUUGAUCCGGCAACUAGUCGGACACUAAGAAUAUAUACACUUGAGUCUCUGACAAAAUGGGAAGUACUGGACUCAUAUAUAUUUGCUUUUUGGGCCAAAAGCUCUGUUGAUUUUGAACCAAGACGUAUCAGGCUGAAAUCAAAUAGCUAUACCACGAACAACAUCCUGGACACAGUGACAGCAGCAAGUAUUCAGAUCAAGGAGAUGGGUGGGAGAAAUAAACCUUCUGAUCCUCUCAAUAUCUCGGAGCAACCAUCUGAGAAGAAGAAAGGCUUUGGUGAUUGGAUGAACUUGAUGAAGCCUGAAAAUUUGGAGAAAGAUCACUGGAUUCCUGAUGAAGCAGUUACCAAAUGCAAAAGUUGUGGGACAGAUUUUGGUGCUUUUGUGCGAAGGCAUCACUGUAGAAACUGUGGGGAUAUAUAUUGUGACAAAUGUACUCAAGGCAGAAUUACUCUCACUACUGAUGAGAAUGCUCAACCAGUUCGAGUUUGUGACCCAUGCAUGGCGGAAGUUACCCAAAGGCUGGUAAAUGCAAAGGAAGCAGUUGGCAAAGUUUCUGGAUUGCAGUGUCAUGAUGAUCUUGCGAAAAAACUUCAGGAGGAGAUGGACAAGAACCGCAAAUCUUCAAAAGGUCUGAAGCUUGAUGGAUCUGGAAUGCGGAUGAAAGAGGUUGCCUGUCCAAUUUGCACAGUCCACUUGCAGGUACAGGUUCCAGCCUCUGGUUCUGAGACCAUAGAGUGCAGCGUUUGCCAGCAUCCUUUCCUUGUGAAUGCUCAUUGAUCAGUAACAAUCCUUGUGUUGUGCUCUAGCACUUGAAAAUAUACCUCUUCAUAAUGACAGUUCAUACUUUCUUGGUACAAUUCUUUGGCGUGUCACUGGUUAUUAAGAAAACUAUAUGUGUGAGUUUGUAUAUUAAUAUCUAUUUGAUAAUGCAAAUUUAUUCACAUAAAUCCCAAGCAAUUAUGGGCUUGUGCAUUUAUGAUUUGUUUAAAUAA